UUGCGUUCGUAGAUAGAUCGCAAAACCGUGCUCUCACGACUCCGACGUCGCAGUCAUGCAAUGUAUCAUUGGCUUGAUGGUCAUUUCUGCGAUUCAGGCUCGGAAAGAUACCGAAGCCGCGUUAGAACUCGGAAGCAUCUGCCGGAAUGUCAGGAUAUGAAGCUGCUCCUACGCAUAUCGUCAGUACGACCUUUUUUUUUCUCGCAGCGCCACAGUACACCAUGGCUUCGCCAUUCGCCCACUUUGACAAAAUCACCUUAUCCAGCCAACAGUCCACUGCGAAGCUCGGCUAUCCAUCAUCCCACCCCUUCCCUCUUGCCCUCAGCGUAAAGCAAGACUGGAACCCCACCCUCGAAGAAGCGACAUCCCACCUCUCCUCUCUCUCCCAAUCCGGAUCCUUGUUUUCCCUCCUUCAUGAAAACGGCGGCGCCGUGCUCCUCCGCGGCCUCCCCAUCCGCACCCCAGACGACUACUCCCGCAUCGCACAUUCCUUCGGCUUUGCCCCCCACGAAGAAGUCGGCCGCCCACCCAUCCGCACAGUCCUCGCGCCCAACGUCAAAACCGCCAAUGAAGGACCCCCAGAGCUGCCCAUCUGGCCGCACAACGAGUACGGCUGGUCGACACACAACCCGUCGUGGUUGACGUUCUGCUGUCUCGAAGUCCCGGAGAGCGGCGGCGCGACGCCGAUCAUAAGUAGCAUAGGGCUUGCACAUCGCUUGGAGCAAGAGGCACCGGCCUUCUUCGCGAGAUUGCUGGAGAAGGGCGUAAAGUACGUGUAUCGGUAUGGGCGAGAGCAGGUCGAGUCCAACACUGGUGCGAGCGUGUUUGCCGCGUAUGGGCAGCAUGUUGAGGACGAGGAUAGCGAGGAGGUGAUUCGGGAGAAGAUAGAGAAGGAGGUCAGGAGGCAUAGUGAGAUGUUUGAGUGGCAUGAGGAUGGGAGUUUAAGCGUGGAGCAUGUGGUACCUAUCAUCCGCAAACACCUGCCCACUGGCCUGACGACCUGGUUUGGCAACUUGACCUCGGCGUAUGGACGUGCGCGCCAUCAUGGCGCGACACAGCCGCCGUAUCGGGGUGAUGAUGGCUCGUAUCACCCGCCGCCUAUCUAUGGCGAUGGGACAGUGAUCGCUACGGAAGAUUUGGAGCUUGCGCUCAAUAUCGCCGAGGAGAUGCAGGUAGAUCUACUGUGGGAGAAGGGCGAUGUCGUGCUGUUGGACAACUAUGCUGUUAUGCAUUCGAGGAGACCGUGGGUGGGGUCGAGGGUAGUGCUGGCGGCGCUGUGGGACGAUAUUGGCGAGAAGAGGAUCAUCGACUUUGAGGAGGGGAGACAUAUCCUAGAGAGUAGACGACAUCAGGAGAAGGCGAGUACGCCGUAACGGAGGAGGUGGAUGAGCUGUGUGAGAAUGCUGAAGACGUUCGUCUUGCGUAACGCUGCCCUGGUCGAGAAGUCGAUUCGACGGAUCUCGGA